AUGGAUCCAUCUGAAGACUGUCCACAACAACAAUACAUUGCUGAUAGUGCAGGUCAAAUGUCCAAUACCGCGCCCCCUCUUCAUGACAUAGCAACCAACAGCAACACCUAUGUUCCAGUGAAUUCGACAAUGCAGCCUCCUCCUCUUCCAGUAUCCGGAAUUCAGCACCAGCCUGCACACCAGGACCCUCAAGCUCAGCAUCUGAAACUUGUGCGAGAACGGCUUAGGCUAUCUUGGGCUAAUCAAAUGCAAGAAAUGAAAUCCGCAGACCUCAAGAAGCAUAACCUUCCAAUAUCUCGCAUAAAAAAUAUUAUGCAAGCAGAUGAAGAUGUCAAAAUGAUUGCAAAGGAGACUACAGCUGUAUUUGCCAAAGCUUGUGAAAUGUUUAUUACUGAUAUGACCUCAAGGGCUUGGAUUAACACAGAGGAGUCUGGAAGACGAACAGUCCAGAACAAGGACAUUGCGGCAGCAAUUUCCAAAACAGAUAUCUUUGAUUUUCUAGAAGAGGUGGCUCCAAAAGAUGAGUCGAGCCAACAAAUUCUCAAGGCCACUCCAGCUGAACCUCAAAAUCCUGGCUACAAUGUUCCUCUUCCUGAUCAGCAGCAUGGAGUAGGAGCCUCGAGUGUGACAAGUGCUGGUGUCGAACAACCUCCACAGUUUGAGCUUUUUUAUGAUCAGGCAGGGCUCCAGAACCAACAAUCCUUUGUGCCUGGGCCUCAAGCUCUGAACCAGCAGCAGCCUUUUAUGCCUUGGCCACAGACUCAACAGCAGCUGGACCAGCAGAGCCUAGAACAGCAGCCUGAGCAGACCCCCGGAGCAACAGGUGCCUCAGGACUGAGCAGCAGCCGAGCGAGGAGUGCUACUAGCAGCAAGAGAAAGCGGAUAAUGUAA